AUGAUAGCGUCCUACCAGAAGACUCUAAGAGACUCCAGAGAUGACAAGCUGCCGAUGUCCUACAAGGCUGUGAUCGUCCAGAUGCUGUGGCAUUUCUUCACCAUUGGGGCCAGGACCAUCGCCUUCGCCCUGUUCGCCUCCGUGUUCCAGGUAAAGGGGGGCACACACACACACUGACGAAGGAUCACAAGUAGACCCAUCCAAGGGGCUUUUAGGUGCUGGGUACAAAUAAUAUACUCAUGAAAUGAAGAUAGAUACUGAUACGUUUAUUUUGCAACGUUUCGAUCCGAAGGUCUCCGUCAGGCUGGGGAGAAAAAACAUAUUUUUGUGGAGUAAAAACAUUGCACAAUUAACUGUGGAAGCAUUCAUCUGUGCAGAUAUCUUUAUUCAAGUGGGUUAGGCUUUUUCUAAUGAGUGUCUCUCUGUUCCUCCCAGUUUCUUAAUCUAACCCUUUCUCUGUCUCUCUUCCUCUCUUCUCUUUCCUCCCCCCUUCUCCCUCCCUCUCUAUCUCCCAGCUCUACUUCAGUAUCUUCAUCGUGAGCCACUGGUGCAUCAUGACGUUCUGGAUCAUCCAGGGGGAGACAGACUUCUGCAUGUCCAAGUGGGAGGAGAUCAUCUAUAACAUGGUGGUGGGUAUCAUCUACAUCUUCUGCUGGUUCAACGUCAAGGAGGGCCGCACCCGCUUCAGGAUGUGGCUCUAUUAUUCAGUGACUCUGGUAGAGAACGUGUCUCUCACCGCGGCGUGGUACCUUUACCGCGGGCCGCACACCUCAGACUUUUACGCCCUCAUCGUGGUGUGUGUGGUGGUGUGUAGCUAUGCUCUGGGGACCUUCUUCAUGCUGGUGUAUUAUUGCCUGCUUCACCCUGACGGGCCGGUGUUCGGAGCUCAGUGGAGGGGGUGUGUGGAGGAGGGGGGGGUGAUGGUGGAGUCCUGUGUGACCCCAGCCGAGGCCUCCCCACUCCCGCCCCCGGACGUGGUCACCAGCCCCCCCAGGACCCUAACUAGGACUGCAGGUGCGGACCGGGGCGAGGUGGUACCAGGUGAUCUAGCUGUGUUCCAGGUUAGAUCCACCACCAACACCUCACCGGCCAUGGCCCUCCGGACCCCCAGGACAGAGGGACCAGUGAUCCGGAUAGACCUGCCCAGAAAGAGGUACCCUGCCUGGGACGCUCACUUCAUCGACAGGCGGCUGCGGAAGACCAUCCUGGUCCUGGAGAACACGUCCCCAGUGACGCCCAGGAUCCAGUACCGUAGCCUGAGCAACCCCAAGGAGGUCAUGGAGUAUGAGACUACCGUGUAA